AUCAAUCAAUGGCUGCGAUUGUCAAAAGGUCAAUAGUUUCAGGAAGAGAGCACUUUCCUUUUUAUUUAUCGCUCUAAUAAGUUAAAUAUACUCUAAAAAUAAAAUCACAAAAGAUCUCACAACACAGCAAAAUGGAAAGUUCCAGUGCUGAUGAAGCUAAGACUGUUCAGCUACUCGCUAAAGGUAUCAUGGAGAUGUAUGAACCGCCUUUAACAACAAUCAAUACUCAUUUAAAAGAGUUAACAGAAAAGCAAGAUGCAGUCCAGGGUAUGCUCACGUCAGAGAGGAGAAGGCUGGAAGACUUACAGAAUGAUGUCAUGCUAGAUGCACUGCUGGCAGACAUAGCAACAAACCGAGAGAAACUGGUAACCAUAUCAAACUCCAUGAUGACGUUGCACAAGAGGGUUCAAUCUUUACAGACAAGAGCAGCUAAUGUGGAGAAAGCAGCUAAAUUGAAGGCAGCCAACAAACCUGGACCAUCCACUAGUUAGUAAUAUCUGAAUAUAAUAAGGAAGCUCAAAAAUGGCAGAAAUAAUAAUCAAAAUGUGUAAUACAUAUUGCAUCUCGGAGAUAGCAGGCACGACGCCAUUAAAAUUGGUGUGUUAAAUAUAUUUUUUUAGGUUUGUGGUAUUGUUAAACUUUAUUCUUGUUUUAAAAGUCGUCAGUAUUUUGUACUCAAAAUAUAGUUUCGGCUCUUUUCACCUACUGCCUUUAGUCACAAUACUUAUAUAUUUUCUUUUAAAAAAUACACUUCACUUAGUUAUUUGUUCCUAUCUGUUAUUGUUGAUUAUGUAUUGUUGAACGUAUUUAAAUAUUUAUUUAGUAGAGAAUCAAUCAAACUCUUGACUGCUAAAGCAUAAUUUACUGUUACUGUUAUAUUUAGUUGUUUUGUAUGUGCUACAUAUCUUCUCGAUUUAAGUGAGUCUUUAACUAUUUAAUUAUGUUGAUUAAAAAAAAUGUAUGCCAGAAUUAAACAGAAGAAUUUUCAAGCUAAUAAAUAAACUUCUUUUGGAAAUAGAGGCAUUUUUUCAAGAUAUGCUGGCAUCAAUUAGUGUUUAAAGAAAUAUUGCCCCAAACUAGAUAUUUUAUCUUUAUAAAAACAGCAUAAUAAGCUGGUUAGGUUUGGUCGUGGAUAGAUAUAAAAAUAAAACGCUUUUGUAUUGAAACUUUAUUUAUUUAAAACUUAAAAAUUACAAUAAAUCGUAAGUACUAAUUAAUAAUAAAUAUUAUAUUUUACUUAAUACAACAUUAUUUACUAAGAUAUUGUAUUUUUAAGGCUAUAGCCAUUUGGCAACUGAUAUUAUAAAGAACAAUUUUGAAUAUAGAUGGCGCUACUUUCGUUUGGCCCUUAAUGAUGUGGAUUAGAUUCAUACUUUUUACAUGAAGAAAAGAAUUUGAAAUUGAAUUAUUAUACAAAAUAUUAUAUAGUAUGUUAUGGUCAUAGCUCACUUGAACGACUAUGCUCUCACUCGGCAAAAGUAAUAUUAUUCAAUUAUGAGCUUUAAAUAUUGGUAUUUAGUACUAUUUAGAUACAAUUUACUUUAACCACGAUGGGAGGUCGCUGGCAGCCAGCAGUCUGCUAUGUUGCCAAUGUAAAGUAUAUCUAGAGGUCCAUACUUAAAGUCCAUAUUUGAAUAAUAUUUGUAUGCCAUAUAGGAAAAGAGUUGUUCGAGGAAGCUUUGACCAUUAAAUUACUUAAUAUUUAAAUUGAUACGUAAUUAUAUUUUGAUUGUUACAUACGUAAUCAUAUUUUGAUUGUUAAAUGUUUUUUAUGAUGGUUAACUAUUUCACUGGAAGAGUGUAAAAUACAGCUUAUUUCUAUUGACAUUGCAUUCCAUACAACUAGUAGUUUUAGAAGUUAGACAUAAGAGAUUUGGCAAAGAAAAUUAUUUCUGACCAUAACGGGUCUGUGGCCAUUAAUCUCCUAUUUUCAAUCUUCUAAAACUAAUAGAUAAAAAUUAUCGGUAAAUAAAAAACCAUUAAUAGAAAUAACGGUUAUUCCUAAACUAACAGUUAUUGUCUAUAAGCAUAUUUUGAGAUGAUCACUUAAUCUAAAGUUUAAAUGUGCCUAAGACUAGUUAGAUUUCUUUAAGUAACUUAAUUAAGUGUCCACAUCUAACAUGGCAGUAAAGAUUCACAAGAAAUGAUCUACUGUACAAUAAAUAUGAAUAUAAUAAUAUGAAAAUAAAAGCAUUAAGUAUUUUUUUGGAA